AUGGAUCUGAGAUCAACACUUCUGCUCAUUGGAGGAUCCGCCUGCUCUUUCAAACUGCUUAAUACAGUUGUGGGAUUCCUGCCAACACCAGAACCAGCGCGCUCAAAAGCAUGGAAGUGGAGGAAUAUCAGCACUUCUUUAGCUCACAGCUCGCUGACCGGAGCAGGAGCGGUUUUAUGUUUCUACCUUCAGCCUCACAUGGCUGAGGACCUGAUCUCCUCCUGCUCUCUGCUCUCACACAGCCUCGUAGCUGCCUCCACAGGUUAUUUCAUCCACGACUUCUUGGACAUGACCUUGAACGAGCCACUUAGAAAGUCCUGGGAGCUGCUCCUCCACCAUUCUGUGGUGAUCUCGUGCUUCAGUCUGGCUGCAGCGUCUCGUCUUUACGUGGGCUUCGCUCUGGUGUCACUGCUGGUGGAGAUCAACUCUGUUUUCCUUCAUAUCAGACAGCUUCUCCUGCUGUCAGGACGGAGGAACAGAUCAGGACCUGAAAUUGCGUCUCCUCGACCGUCUCUCGCCUUCAGCAUCACCAGCUGGCUCAACCUGGGAACGUAG